GAGAUCAUGACUUCUGCCAAAGAGCAGGAAGCCAUCAGGAAGCUUAUGGUUUUCUUGCACGAAUGGGAUAGUGCCCACAAAGUUGCUCAAAGCCGCAUCCUGGACAACUUCAUUAAAAGCAAUAAUGGCAAGACAGAACCAGAGCUGGAGCUGGAGUUCUCCCAGGGAGUCAGCUUGUUUCUGGCUCGCCUAACAACAUGGCUCAGGAUGACCUACACGUACAGCACAUGCCUCAACAAGCUGCUCAAGUCCAUUGGCAUCUUCCUAUCUGCUGCAAGUGGAUGCAGAUACAUUAUUGAAUUUCUGGAGAUCGGAGGUGUGUUGAUUCUCCUGGAAAUACUAGGGCUGAACCACCUGAAAGAAGAGGACAAAAGGGAGUCAGUAAAGCUGCUGCAGCUUGUCGCAGACACUGGCAGGAAGUAUAAGGAGCUCAUUUGUGAAAGCUAUGGUAGGCAGCCUGGGUGCGAUCUCUUGGCCACUUCCAACUCAGCAGAGGCUCAAGAAGAUGUGCAGGUUCUGCUGGACUCUUUGGGCUGCGGCAAUCCCAAGUACCAGAACCAAGUCUACAAAGGUCUCAUAGCUGUGCUGCCAUCUACCUCCCCCCGACCCCAGCAGCUGGCUCUGCAGACGCUGAGGGUCAUGCAG